GGGAAGGGGGUACCUGUCAAAACUAGGUACCCGCUCCCACGUCCGUCCAAUUGCCUAGGCGAUCGGAAGCAGAAGGUGUCCUCCCUCCCUCCCUGUAGUCUUUUGGGACACGUGACAGGUCCCGGAAGACUACAGGACCAUUCAUCAAGCACAGCACUACUCGCGCAUGCGCAGUGGGUACCUGGCUGUGAAGCCGCAAGCUGUCACAGCCGGGUGCCCACACUGAAGAUGCCGGCCUCCUGGAAUACAAGACGGCCGGUGAAAUGGGCUGUGGGACACACCGUG